AUGUGCUUCGACAGCUGCGUCACGAUCGACUCGGUCACGGGUUCCAAGCACAUCCCUGCUUCGGCGCGCAUCGACCCUAGCUCGCUCCAGUUUCACCCUCUUUCGGUAACAGCAGCUUCAAAGGAUGCCAAGGUAUCGGUAACGCUUUUCCAUCUAGGUAGCAUUCGCAGCUAUCGUCAGGCUUGGGUGGAUGAUUCUUGGGAUUCAGAUGCACAGAGGCGCCUCGAGAAGGCCAAGCAGCAGGUGGAGCUCCCUAUUAUGAGCGCAUUGAUCGAGCACAAUCCCUCUGGCGAAAAAUGGCUGUGGGAUCUGGGUAUGUGCAAUGACCUCACUGUUCUUCCCGAAUUCAUAGCCAACGGCUCGGCCAAGUUCCUCGACCCGCAACUGAACGACCACGGACAGCUCAAGAAUGUUCUGCUGAAGAAGUUCAACGUCGACUCGAUUGACAAGAUUGGGCUGUCCGGUAUCAUUUUCUCUCAUGUUCAUUUGGAUCACUACGGCAACCUGUUGGACUUCCCCACCUCGUUACCAGUGUUCGUCGGCCCCGGGACCAUGGAUUGGGUGGGCGGAGGUGAAGAUGCCGCCAAAAGGGGUGAAAAGGGCUUGAUAAUGUUCCCGACGAGGUUCCUCACAGAUCGUACUUUUGUCGAGAUGCAGGACGUUGUGAACAGUGCGGUUAAUGACAAGGUCAAGAGCCGAGUCAAGGAUAUCAAAGUGGGACCGUUUGAAAAGGCUUGGGAUUGGUUUGGCGAUGGGACUAUCAUCGUUGCUUCUGCCGAGGGCCACUGUCACGGCCACAUGGCGCUCCUAGCCAAAACAAACAGCCAACCCAAAUCAAACUACGUCCUGCUCGCCGGAGACGCGGCACACCAACAAGCGCUCUACCACCCGCUCCCGCCUCCUCUAGAGCUCAACAAAGAGAAUCUGUGCUCCUCAUCCACCGCCGAGUAUAACCACAAAUCCUACGCACCCGAAACGGACUUCCGUGCCACACCGGGCUACUUUGACCGAAGCAGCGGUAAGGCGGUAACGGAUCGUGCUAUCCCACAGGACAUGGCAUCGUGCAUGCAAGACUUUCCGGACAAGGCGAUGCGCACGCUGGCGGCUCUAUCGCGCCUCGAGGCUUGUGCGGAUGUCAUGGUCGUUUUAGCGCACGAGAUCGAAUUUGUCAAAGCUGUCGGGCUGCAGGAAGGUGCGGAGAUUGUGGUCGACGAUUGGCAAGCGCAGGGGUACAAGGAUGCAAAAAUCGAGCUGGGAAAGCAAGCUAGAGGUCGUCUGGUGGCCUUGUGA